AUGCCAGGAUAUCUUGACUUUCUUCAUGCUUUUGGUGCCCAAGACAAUCCCCAGGCACAGUACUUCGCGGGAUUCUACCAACAGACCAUGCUUGGAGACAAUGCUCAGAUCCCGAAGAUGUUUGGCCGCAGUUGGCGUCAGUACCAAAUUUGUUACAAUCUCAGAGGAGUGACACCCAAGAGGGAUUCUCAUGGCGAUAUAUCGGAAUGGUCUGUUCGGCAAGCCGCCAUACAUCAUCAGUUUGAUGUUGUCUAUGGUACUGCAUUGUGGAUUGUCACUAAGGGACGGCAAGAUCUACUCGAGAGAUUCGAGCAGUUUACAAAAAGUUCGUCCGGACGAUUUUUCGAUAGUCUGCAAGCUUGCUUCCAGACAAGCAUGCAGACUCAUCGCAUGUUUUGUCACUGGGCAGCAGAAGACUGGCGGCAGUACAUUGACUGGUUGGAAGAUGGUCUCGAGUCCAAUACUUCUUUGGCUCUCUACGGGUCACAAGAUUCGAAACUGUCCCGCGAAACAUACGAGCCUAGACAUCUGCAAGAGAUACAGAUGUGGAAAGAAAAGACAAGCCAGGCAAAAACACUGCUGGAGUCAAAUGCUGAUGUUAUGGCUGCCCUCCGAGCAUACUAUGUCACACUUCUGGACAACGAAGACUUCCCUCUGAGAACAGAAUGCCGGAGAGGCAUACAGAACUUCGCAGCGGACGUCGAAAGUAAUGUCGUUUGGAUCAAGAUGCAGGUUGCCCAACAUUUUCAGAACCAGGUCGCAGAGAGGACUGAAAAGCUAAACCACAAUCUGGAAAAGGAGGCAGUUGUGAUGCGUAUAAUCACCAUUGUCACCCUUGUCUAUCUACCUGCAACAUUUGUCUCGGUAAGUCGACCGUGUGAAGUUCGGCAUAGCUGGAUUCUUACGAUUGCAUUCAGANNCUUUUUCAGCACGGAUGUCGUACAUUACCAGGCUUCGGGUGACUCCGGAUCGGAGACGAGCUACUCGCAUCUUGCCAUGAUGCGGUGGCUACAGGUCACGCUCCCGUUGACCUUCGUAACAAUAAUCGGUGCUUGGAUGGCAUUCAAGACUGCGACUAUCUCUCGCAAGGGCGUGGAGAUGAAGAACAAUCUGAUGGUACACAAGAACAAAGCGACUGCGAGAUGGCGGGGCGGUGAGGAUCUCGAACUCGGAAAGGUGUCGUUUUCGACUUGA